AUGGCGUCACUAGAAGAAGCACUUAUAAAUUCUUUUCGCGCGUAUCCUGCUCUUUACGACAUGUCUUUAAAAGACUAUAAAGAUGAAAAAUUGAAGGCAAAUAUCUGGAAAAAGAUAGCCGAAGAAAUGCGUGCAAUCGGUUUUGAUUUCUCAGCAAACGAACUAAAAGAUAAAAUGAAAAAUUUGCGAGACACAUAUAGGCGAUGCAAAAAGAAGCAUGAUGCAGCUAUCAAAUCUGGUGCUCCUGCUUCCUCAACACCAAACUGGGAGUUUUGGUCUAUUUUGACCUGGCUGGAUGAUUUCGCAAAACGACGCCAGACAAUCUCGAAUGUUGUUAUCCCUGUGGAAGACCAACUUACGUCUUCUCAAAUCCAGGAAGACUCUGAGGAGAUAGCUGAGAGUGUGCUUGCUGACAGUUCAUCAAGCCAAUCAACAAAUUUGUCCAGCACAUCUGAAAUUGUACGAUGCAAGGAGAGGAAGGCUGAAGACAUGUCACCAUAUCAAACAAAGUUGAUUGGGUAUCUAGAAACUCUUCACAAAAAACAAGUUGAAGAGCCAGAGAGUCAAGAUGAAUAUGACUUUUUCGGAAAGAGUGUUGCUGAGCAAAUUAGGAAGCUACCUACUCCAUAUGCUAGGGCUAAAGCCAAGAAGGAGAUUCAGGAUGUUCUUUUUAAGCUGGAGUUUCCAGAAAAUUAG